CAAACCGGUGUGCUCGGAUACAUGCUGUAGCUUCUCGCCCGCACUGCAGAUUAACUCUUACCACCCCGGGAGAUGCAGCGAGACACGGAAACGACUGGUCGGAGCUUCUCCUGUCCGAAGGCUGUUUAACAACUCUUCAGCCAGCGACCGCUGUCUCUGGGGAUCACAGGGACGCACGCCUCCCAAACUCAGCCCAUUCUUCAACCUGAGGCCAGGCGCUGUAGACAUGGGACAAAACAUUGGGUUGUGCAUUAAAGACUCUGAGCGAGGAGAGCGCCUCUGAGCAGCCACGAUGGUCCACCCCACAGAAAGGAGUUUUGGGAAACCGUAAAAAAAAAAAACCCAAGCUCUGAACGCAGACUCACACAGUACGACCUGCUGCUCUUCCACACAUGGCGACAGACGUUGGCCACGCAUUUCCGUGUGUGUGUGUGUCUUCGUGCGAGUGUAUCACUCUGUGCUGAGGAGUAUUUAACUUCAGCGGGGAGCUUCUGGUCUCCUCGCCAGUCCAGAGGGAGGUUGCAGUGCGCUCCCUCUGUGUUUCCGGAUGCAGAACAUCCUCGAUCAAAACUUAGACAUGGCCACGGCUCUACUCGCCGGCGAGAAGCUGAAGGAGCUGAUCCUACCGGGCUCCUCUCAGGACGAGCGGGGCGGGUUGCUGGCCGGCCUCAUGGUGCAGCUCAAACUGGAGCUGCCCUUCGAUCGAGUCGUCACCAUCGGGACGGUCAUCAUCCCCAUCCUGCUGGUCACCCUCGUCUUCACAAGGAACUUUGCAGAGGAGUCCAUAUACUGUUACACACCACACAACUUCACAAGAGACCAGGCACUUUAUGCAAGAGGCUACUGCUGGACGGAGCUGCGGGACGCCGUACCUGGUGUGGAGUCUCACCUUUGGCCUUCGCUGUUUGAGCACAAGUUCCUGCCCUAUGCCCUGCUGGCCUUCGCUGGAAUCAUGUACAUUCCUGCGUUGGGCUGGGAGUUCCUUGGCUCGACGCGGCUCACUUCAGAGCUCAAUUUCCUCCUUCAAGAGAUUGAUAACUGCUAUCAUCGUGCCGCCGAAGGCCGGGCGCCGAAGAUCGAGAAGCAGAUCCAGUCCAAAGGACCUGGCAUAACGGAGCGAGAGAGGAGGGAGAUCAUAGAGAACGCAGAGAAGGAGAAAAGCCCCGAGCAGAACCUGUUUGAGAAAUAUCUGGAGAGACGGGGUCAAAGCAACUUUCUGGCUAAGCUAUACCUGGGACGCCACCUGGCUAUAGUCUGCCUCAGUUCCAUCCCCAUUUCCUACCUGAGCGCCUACUAUGCCCGCCAGCGGCAGAACGAGUUCACCUGUGCGCUGGGCGAGCCCCCAGACAUUAGCAGCUACAGUGAGCUGAAGCUCAGGGUCAACUGUAAGCUGCCUGCGGUGCAGCUGCAGCGCAUCAUGGCGGCAGUAGACAUCUCUCUGCUCUGCACCAUGAACCUCAUCAUCCUGGUGAAUUUGCUGCACCUGUUUGUGGUGCGCAAGUCCAACUUUGUAUUUGACAAACUGCACAAGGUUGGAAUCAAAACGCGCCGCCGCUGGCAGAAGUCUCAGUUCUGUGACAUCAACAUCCUGGCCAUGUUCUGCAACGAGAACCGGGACCACAUCAAGUCGCUCAACCGGCUGGACUUCAUCACCAAUGAGAGCGACCUCAUGUAUGACAACGUGGUCAGACAGCUGCUGGCUGCGCUCGCACAGUCCAACCAGGACGCCACGCCCACCGUGAGGGACUCUGGGAUUCAAACCCUCGAUCCCAACAUGGACCCCUCCGAUCUUGGGGUGGGAGAGAUGUUUGUGGAGCCGCUGGUCAUCAAACGGCCCCGCAAAAAGAUGAAGUGGAUCCCAAGCUCAAAUCCUCUCCCUCAGCCGUUCAAGGAACCUCUUGGGAUGACGCGUCUGGAAAAUAACACCAAGCCUGAAAAACCCAAACCAGUCAGAAGAAAAACAGUGGCAGACAGCUUUAUCGCACCAAUGUUGGAUACGAAGAGCACACAAUAUCCUGCAAUAAAAGAUUUGAGUGGGAUGGAGAAAAAGCUCACUCGCAACUUCUCUCUGGACGUCCAUCCGUACAUGCUGACCAUUCGUAAGCCCAAGGUGGAGGCCUCACCCGCCGAUCCUCUUCCCUCAGAGCACAACAUGAAAACAGUGUUUCUUGAAGGCACACACACUAUUGUCCAUGUGUCUGGUGCCAUUACAGAAACCAAGGUUUGCUCACCAGAAAUGACGAACACUGCCUUUUCUACAAUCACACUACCCACCACAACGUACGUGAACGGCGUCAGCCCGAACCCUCCCUCCAGCGAGGAUCCCUCCAGUCCCAAGUCUUCUCCUCUUCCUCCAAUUCCUUCUCCGUCUCCUCCAAGGGAGCCUCUCUCACAAAUGGAAAACCCUGAGUGCAACCCCCCGGGCCUUGCCAGAGCCCCGACACACCAGCUGCUGGGUAUACAUCACACGCUCUUUGAGGAAGAAGAGGACGAGGAGCAGCGUCGGGACAGACUCGCGGAGAGAGCUGUGGAGCUCAUCGCCGCUGGGGAAUGUUGAAGGAGGAGAGGGAGAAGGACGCUUACACCACACUCUGCACACAUGGCCGCCAUGUCACGUCAACAGCCAUCGACAGCCACCUCCACUCUUAAUCUGGCACACGUCUGUGACGGGUGGAUUGGACGGUGAGGAUGCGGCACGGAACCCGAGUCGUAAAAGCAAGCAGCCUUCACUUUUAGGAUAAUUACUCAGUGAGGAUGGGAUAAACAUUUGUGCGUUGACCAGUUGUUGUAGGUUAUGAUGUCACAUUCAUGUCUCAGGAUGACUGUGUACAGAUAAACAGCCUCCAAUGAAACCAGCAGGGAUUCAACAGGGUGCUACAGUGCAGGGUCAAAUAGCUAUAAGUGAAAGGCUUGAUGAAAGGAUGAGAAAUGAAAAGAAAUUAAUAUAAAAAAAGAACAAAAGACAGACACUUUACAUAUCUGCAAAGAAGACUGCAUUAUAGCUUCAAAAGAAAUGUAUUUUAAACACAUAUGACAAUGCUUUGGCCCUUUAUCCCGAUAGCCAAGUAGAAAGGUAGCUCACGCAAUACAGUUGAGAUCUGCACAAUAAAUAUGCAAAAGAUCACAAUAUAUUUGUGGCAAUAAGGUAUGCGCUUGCAGCAUCAUAUUUCACACAACACUGUACGUGUAUAGACACUGUAUAUGGUGUGUUUGUGGGGUGUUACAAACAAAUACAACAAAUGUUUCAUGGUUUUGUUAUAUUCACUUCACAGUUGAUUAGGAACGUUUAUCAGAUCUUCGACAUUUUGCACGUCAUUACUAAUAAUAAGUAAAUUGGCAUUUCAUUUAGAGGAUCUGCAGAAGUAUACAAACGGGUGGGGUAGUGAGGUGACUUGGAACUAAAAUAUUAUUUGGAGAAACCGACAGAUCUUUCCGACGGAACCAGAUAUCUAUGACAGAAAUGCAGUGAUGCAGAGAACUUUCUUUUUGGAGACUGUAACAGCAGCUUCAAUAUGACGAAUAAGCUGGACACAAAGUACAGUAUGGGACUUUUGUGUUCUUCCGGCUUCUUGUGGGAGUGCUGUGAUGUUAAGUGAUGAGUUGAUGAUGAAUCAUACGCCCCUGGAAGGUUUAUCACAUGAUGACUAUGCUUUGAUUGCCAUCUUGGGAAACAAUCUCAUCUUCUCUCUGUAGUUGUCCUGUCUCUCAAUGUGCCAACAUCUGCUUUAAGAAGAAAUACAGUUAGAAUAGGAGGUCUGUUAUUUGGUGUGGAUGCAAAACAUUAAGGUGUGUUACUGCUUUCAAAGGGAAGGAAUUGAAAGAGAGAAUGGGUGCUUACCACAACAUCUCCAUACACAUUUAUUGCAGCUGCAUACGUGAUUAAAGGAAUAUCAAUAAAGGAGCUCUAUUGACUGACAUAAACCAGCAUAUCUAUGGUAAACGAUAGUAGUACUGUGGUCAGGGGCAUACCUACACAAUCAAUACACCUAUGCGUAGUCAUCAUUUUUUGGAUGGGGAUUCAGUAAACAUACACUUUAGACGAGCAAUCAUUUGGUGGAGAAUGCACCACCUCAUUGUCAUGACACAGGUUGGCACAAAAAACUCUUUGUUAGUUUGCUCAAGCACACUAAAUGCAUCUAAAAGCACUUUAAUUAAGACUUUUAGCACAGGUGUGUGUGUGAGAGAGCAUGUAAUAUGUUGAAACACAGCUCUGCUUAUAACCGAUAUUCUGUGUAGAUUUGAACAUUGAGACAGUUGAGGACGUACAUCUGUGACAGUCACAAUGCUAGUUGGAAACAUGGAGAAAAGAGUCC